AUGGCUUCACCAGUGUGGCUCUUUCCCCGAGGUGACAGUCAUGCCUUCCUAACGCGCUUCCUCACCUACCACAGGUUCAGUUCUAUUUCAGAAGCAAAACCACGUCUCAAAGAACAUAUCUCACACCACGGUACCAGUAAGAUACACCUCCUCUCAUUCAAGUUUCGUCUCCACCGUACCCAACUCAAACACGAAGCUGACAAGGAACAAGUGCCUCACAGCAGGAUUCCAGUACCAGAUGAUUCUCAGCUAGAGCUACUCUCGGAGAUACGAGAGCGACGAACCACGAGACUAGAUCGACUAGAAGAUAUCUGGCAACAGGCGAUGAUUGCAAUACGCAUUAUCGUGUCUAGCUAUGCCCAUGACUACCAGGGCCCAUCACGCGAGUUUCUGGGGAUGUUGGAGGUCGAAUUGCAAACUCUUAUCAUCGAAAUGAUUAGUCUAUCAGCCGAGGAGGGAUAUGACCUACGGCUGGAAGAGGAGACGUGGGAUCAAGUGCAGUAG